UAGGCAAGCCUUCUGACGAGUGUGUUUAACAGCAACUAAAUGCGUUAAUUGUAUCAGAACAACAGAGACUCAGGACAUGUUGAUCACUGUCAACUGUUGGUCUGAAGUCUUGGUCAUUUGAAAAAGAACUUUCCGCAUUAUGAAAGACUUGAUGUAUUAUUAAAAACAAAUCUCAACGAAACCUAAGUGACCAUCACCAGGUCACGUCGCAAUCUAAGCGUUAUUGUAAAUAAUUGUCGACAUCAUUGGUACAUAAAACCAGGUACGGUUGAAAUUUAGCAUUUCUUCUUGUAAUUAAUUAACUAGACGUGUCAAAUACUGACAUCACAUUGGAAUUUUUUGCUGGUAAAGUUAAGGAGGAAACACAAACGAGACGAUCAUUCCCACCCUGGAGUAAUUUUUCAAUGGUUGAGUCUGUACGGUUCUCAUCGUCUGUAUAAGGACAGCCCACAGACCGGAUUUACUCACAUCUGAUACAGAACCUCCUGAGAACAUGUCUGAAGUAGCCCCUGCACCCGCUGUUGCCGCCUCCCCGGCGAAAGCCACCAAGAAGAAGCCCGCUGCCCGGCCGAAGAGGGUCGGCCCCAGUGUGAGCGACCUGAUCGUGAAAGCCGUGGCUGCGUCCAAAGAGCGAAGCGGAGUUUCUCUGCCAGCGCUCAAGAAGACUCUGGCUGCCGACGGCUACGACGUGGAGAAGAACAAUUCCCGGGUCAAGGCCGCCGUGAGGAGCUUGGUGUCCAAGGGAACCCUGCUCCAGGCCAAGGGCACCGGAGCGUCUGGAUCCUUCAAGAUCAGCAAGGAGGCAAAGAAACCCGUCGCUGCCAAGAAGGCCGCCGCCCCAAAAGCUAGGAAGCCCGCAGCCAAGAAACCCGCCGCGGCUAAGAAGGCAGUAACCCCGAAGAAAGUCAAGAAGACCCCAACCAAGAAGCCGGCAUCCGUUAAGAAAGCGACCCCGAAGAAGGCAAAGAAGCCUGCCGCGGCCAAGAAAGUUGUAGCCAAGGUUACAAAGAAAACUGUCAAAAGCCCCAAAAAAGCUCCCAAGCCCGUUGCCAAGAAGUCUCCGGCAAAGAAGGCAGCAAAGCCCAAAGCAGCCAAGAAGGCCGCCCCCAAGAAGAAGUAAACUCCAGUUGAAUUCCCCCAAAGGCCCUUUUCAGAGCCACCUACACGACUUUAGGAGCAUAUUCCGAAUGCACUUCUCUACAUGUUAAGUUUCUUUAGUCGCCCAUAUUGUAUCACAACAAAUGAGCGACUGCUGUGUUGCAAAUGGUCCAAUAGGCCUAUUUGAUCUAAUCCAUUUAUUUAUGCGCCAUAUAAGAGCUUAGGUGGGUUAAAGCCUCAAAGCACCUCAACAAACCAACAUGAGCUGUCCAUCAUCACGUAGUAGGCUAUAAAUUUAGGCUAUUCAGUUUCAGUCUUAUAGAGUAUUCAUUAUAAUAUAAUGCACAACGGUUUUGAGGUUCCAAGACAACUAUCUUCACUAACUGAAGAAAUAC